AUGGCUCAUCCCAUGCAGCCUACGGGCAGAGACCAGUUUCACAUAGCCAUCAUAUGCGCUCUGCCUCGUGAAGCCGAUGCUGUCACUCUGCUAUUUGAUCAGUUCUGGGACGAAGAAAGCGAUCCCUUUGGACGAGCAAACGGCGAUACCAACACUUACAUAACUGGCCGACUCGGAAAACACAAUGUUGUUCUUGCCGUGCUCCCAAACAUGGGCACCAACAGCGCUGCCGCGGCUACAGCGAGCCUCCGAUCAAGCUACAGCAGCCUCAAACUUGCUUUCCUUGUCGGGAUUUGCGGCGGCGUGCCCCGAAUUGCAGACGACGAUGUCUUUCUCGGUGACGUCGUUGUAAGCAAGGCUAUUGUCCAGUACGACUUUGGUCGUCAAUAUCCUGAAGGGUUCGAAGUGAAGAACACCGUUGAAGACAGCCUUGGCAGGGCAAACAAGGACAUUCGCGGGAUGCUGGCAGUCUUUGAAACGGAGCUUAUGAGGGAACGGCUAUUGACCAAAUCGGCGGGAUAUUUGAAGCAAUUGCAAGACGCUGCCAGGAAGAAGCGACGACGAGCAAAAUACCAGAGUCCUGGGGCCACCCAAAACAGACUUUAUUCACAGGAUUAUAUCCAUCAGCAUCGAUCAGAGUCAUGCGAGAUAUGCAGCAACCUGGAUAACUUGGGAGAUGUUUGCGAGUCAGCAUCCAGUGCAUCCUGUGCAGAUCUAGGUUGUGACGAGACUAAGCUUGUCAAAAGAGAUACUUCUUUUCUAGAUGACUGCGGCUUCAACAUCUUCAUCGGGCGAAUAGGGUCAGGCAACACUGUAAUGAGGAGUGGAAAAGACCGAGAUCGCAUUGCCUCGCAGCAUAACCUCAUUGCAUUCGAGAUGGAGGGCGCGGGAGCUUGGGAUGAGGUCCCGUGCUUGGUGGUCAAGGGCGUUUGUGACUAUGCAGAUAGCCACAAGAAUAAGCUAUGGCAAGACUUUGCAGCUGCCACUGCGGCUUGCGUGAUGAAAGCCAUUUUGGAUCGCUAUGUCGUUACAGAUGGAGCACAAGGCUCGGCAUUAUCUCAACUCAAUGGCCAAGGUCGACAGGAUGGAACGCGAAGUAUUUCUGGAAAUACAUUCGGGGACAACGUAAGAAUUAGCCAAGGUGAUAUGACUUGGAACAUGGCGCAUUAGCCUUUGAUGGUUGUGUAGAUGCCCACGCUAUAGUGAUUGUUUGUUUGCUGCUAGACAUGGAGGCGUGUACCAAGCACUGUAGUAACCUGAUAAUAGCGAGAGCCACAUGCAGAUAUACUGUAUAAUGCUUCGGUAAUAUAGAGAUGAUCUUAAUCAUAUUUAGAG